CGAGCGCUACUAAAGUCACGCCCACCUUCCCCAGGUACGGCACAUCUCAUAGCGGAACUGCCAGGCUAAAUAACAGAGCUAGUUCCUUGUAGAAACAAGUGAACUGGCCACCAUAAACAGUGGCAUUUCAUUUAUAUGUAGUACUGUUUUUCUGCUCUUUUAGGUCUGCCUCUGUAUUAUAGAGCGGGGAAACUAUCAUUCUUGAUUCUCCUUGGGAUUUUGACUCAUGCAGCAUUAAUCUAGAUUAGUAGUGAAGAUAGAUCUGCUUACAAGAGUGGCAAUAUGGGGUCUGAUGAGGCCUACAACUUUGUUUUCAAAGUGGUUCUUAUUGGAGAAUCUGGUGUUGGCAAGAGCAACUUGCUUUCACGGUUCACCAAGAAUGAAUUUAGUCAUGACAGCCGGACGACCAUCGGAGUGGAGUUCAGCACAAGAACUGUGAAGCUAAAUGGUCUCACCAUCAAAGCUCAGAUCUGGGACACUGCCGGACUGGAGCGGUACCGGGCCAUCACUUCUGCAUAUUAUCGAGGAGCAGUUGGAGCCCUACUAAUCUACGACAUUUCAAAGCACUUGACGUAUGAAAGUGCCGAGCGCUGGUUGAAGGAACUCUACGAUCACGCAGAUGCUCAUAUCGUAGUGAUGCUUGUGGGCAAUAAAUCGGACCUGGCAGCAGUACGGUCGGUUCCAACAGAGGACGCAAGGGACUUUGCAGAAAAGAAUGGUCUACUGUUUAUGGAAACCUCAGCUUUGGAGUCAGUAAAUGUUGAGGCAGCAUUCAACACUGUGCUUUCAGAAAUCCAUAAAAAGGUGAGUAGCAAAGAAGUGACCCGAGGCUCUAUCAAUGCUGUGACGUUGUCCCAACCUAAUGCUCCAGCAGACGACACACAGGAGAAGAAGGCCUGCUGCAAGAACAUGUGAAAGAACCACAUUCUGGAUGUUCAGAAGUCUUCACAAGGGUCCUAAUGGAGUUGUGAAUUCAGCUUGUACUGCAGUUGAGAUAUUAUUAAGAAACAACCAGUAUGGUAAAAAGCUAAAGGAAAUCCAUUUCAUUGACUGACAUAGCCAUAUUUGUAUUCCUAAAUAUUAGGCAUUUUGAUAUUUGUCAAGUUUUACAAGGAUUCAUGUAAAUUUUACAUCAUAUUCAAAUGUCUUAAUUAAAAAUAUA